AUGGAGAAGUACAACAUCGCCAUGGAAGCGAUUGCGGGCCGCACCAAGCAGAAGCACGUUGCGGAGAAGCAUGGUGUGACGGCAGCAACACUGAGCAAGUGGGUGAAGAAGGUCAAGGUAGGAGAGCUACGAGGGGAUGAGCGCGACGCAUCAUGCAAGAAGGCACGACCGCUCCAGUUUGGCGAGAUUGAAGAUCGCUUGGUGCAGUACAUCAAGCUGCGCGAGCGCAAGUACCUGGUGGAUGGCCUCGGGCUCUCAUGGAAGCUUGUGCAAGAGAAAGCCCUCAAGUUUGCUGCAGACAUGAAAGCAACGCAUCCAGACAAGGCAGCAACACUUGACAACUUUCGCGCAAGCCCUUGGCUGGUUUCAGGGCGUGCGCAAGCGACACAACAUCAAGAGCAUGAAACUGGUCUCUUCUACCAGACGUUACCUUCAAGACUCUACGUGUCUCGAUCGGAGCGCAGUGUUCGCGGAGUGAAGCAGAUGGCGGCAAAAGCACGGCUGACGAUCAUGACGGCAACAUCAGCAGCGGGGGAGAAAGUGCCACUCUUCUCUGUCGGAAAGAGCCGGAGACCUAUGUGCCUUCGUGACGACUUCCCACCAGUGCGGUACACGUCUCAAGCAUCAGCCUGGUUCGACACUGACAUGGCCAAUUACUACGUGCGUUUCUUUCUCAAGUGGAAGCGUUCACGCUAUGGAGACGAGCCUGUUGUUCUCAUCUGGGACAAUUGCCCGGCACACAAAAACGUCACCAACCCUGCGCCGAAGGAGCUGCACCUGUUGUUCUUGCCCCCAAACCUAACGUCAAAACACCAGCCCAUGGAUAUGGGCUUGAUAUCGGCCGUGAAAAUGCGAUACAAGGCAUACGUGCUGCAGCAGCUCCUCGCAUACUACGACGACGGGCAGCAGACACCACUACCGAAGAGCCGUGGCUUGCGUGGUCUUGCCCAUGGAGCGCCACCAAACAUUCGAGACGCGUUGACGAUCUUGAAACGAGUGUGGGAUGAGGUCAAGCCUGAGUCAGUGGUGCGGUGCUGGAUGAAGGCAGCUUGCCUACCCGAAAGCUUUUUCCCACAGCAGCAUACACAGCAACAGCAGCGAGUGACUUCGGAUGAGAUGCUGACAGAACGGAGCAGUGAAGAGGAAGGGCAGGAAGGGGAGGGCGGACAGCUGGUACAAGAUGGGCUCGGAGCGGAGAAUGAACAGUACGAUGAGGCGGAACAGAGAAGGACGGAAGAGCAGGAGGCGAUUGAUGAAAUAAGUCACCUCGCUCAAUCACUGCAAGCCAGAGUUUCAAUUGCAACUGAUGCGCGUGUUGAGGUUGUUGCGGAGGGAACGGAGGAGUGGGCGACGUCAGAUGAUGACCCUGAUAUCGUGAAUGCAAUGAUUGAUUUGGAGCUUGAGCGCAUAGAAAGCAACAGCAGCACAACCACCACAAGCAGCGACGACGACGGGAGUGACUCUGACCAAGACGAAGCGACACCGACCGCACCGACACGUGCGGAAGUUUACAAUGCCCUGACAGUUCUCAACAGACUGUGUGAAUCCUCUGCAUCUCUCCGUCCCACAUGUACACUUGUGUCUCGUGUUCGCAGCGACGUUGAUGCCUUCUUUAUGUCCAAGACGCAAAAGCAACCCACACUGCACUCAUUCUUUGGUCCACACACACAAUAA